CAGAAGUGUCAAUUGGUAUAAAUUUUUAAAAUUUUCAGUAGUACAAAACACAAUAUUUUCAGGAAAUGAAUGUACAAAUCCAUUGAUGCUGAUGUUAUUAUUGUUGGAGCAGGAUUAUCUGGUUUAACUGCAGCAUAUCAUUUAUUGAAAAAAGAACCAUAUUUGCGAGUUAUAAUUUUUGAGUCCUCCGAACAAAUUGGUGGAAGAAUACCUUGUUCCCCCUUUACUAACUCAAGCGGUCAAUGGGUAUGUAGCGAACAAACUCAACUGCUGGAAUUACUAGAAGAACUACAUAUACCUCUAAUAAGAACUCAGACCAACCCAGGCAAUAUUGUUAUUAAGUAUAAACGUAUCAGUACAGCACAGAAGAAGAAAAAUAUACUCGAUUUUUUGACGGCGACAGAAAAAAUUCAGUUCACCAAAUUUAUUUUGAAGGUGGAAAUUAUUUGUCGAAAUAUAAAAGAAGAGACAAAACCGACAUGGAUAGAUGAGUUACGAAAAAUCACUUUGAGGACGUUCAUACAAGAUACUGUAGGCAGUGACACUGUGAGAUUGGUUAUAGAUUUUAUGAUAUACCUAACGUGUGGUGUAAAAUCCUCACAAGUGUCAGCCUUAUUUUAUGUACUAUUCUGUAUUUCCACGAAGGGCAUCAUACACCAAAUGAUAACCGAAGAAAAAAACCUUUGCGAAUUAAGACUGAAGAAUAGCUUAACUAAUAUUUGUGAAAAACUUGCUGAAAGAAUAGGCACAUAUUAUAUUUUGACCAAAGAAAAUGUUCUGGAAGUGGAAUGUACAGACAAGUAUGCAGAGAUUACAACAAAUCUGGGUUCAUACUGCUGCCAUAAUGUAAUAGUUGCAGUACCCCCAGCGGAUAUUUUGAAAAUAAAAUUCACUCCUGAUUUGCCUCAGUCCAAGUACGAUUCCAUUAGUGAUGUAACAUCGAAUAUUAUGACGUCUUUUGUUGCCACAUAUCGUAAGGAAUUCUGGAUGAAACUGGGCCUUUCCGGAGAUAUCUAUAGUUUUGACAAAGAUUAUAGCGAAGGACCCAUAGAUUUUUGUUGCAAUAUUACGCAAUUUGAUAUUCCAGCGUUAUAUGGAUUACUAUUCUCAGAAAAAAUAACUUCUCCAAGUCUUCCUAUUUAUAAGAGGCGUAUUCUAAAACAGCUGAGUGAAUAUUUUGGAAAAGAAGCAUUGAAUCCUGUCGAAUAUUAUGAGAGGUCGUGGCAUAAUCGUUCAAGCCGAAUGUUCUGUUGGAAAGAAGGAAAUAAUAAGCUUGUUCAUGACAUCGAACAAGUCAAUAGAAGGAUUCAUUGGGCAGGGGCCGAAACGUCUAACGAAUGGUUUGGACAAAUGGCAGGAGCAGUUCACUCCGGCAUAAGAGCAGCCUUAGAAGUUCUUUGUGAUCUGCGCCCUUCCGUCUUAACCGCAGAUGAUUAUAUGUUUCUCAGGCCGCCACAACGAACACAGAAAAAGCCACUGGAAACAUAUAAUGAUCCAAUCUACAGCUUUUUAGCCAAUUGGAGAAGCAAAUUGUCCAUUGGUCUUUUGAUACUUUUGAUUAUGUACGGGUUGAAAACAUAUUUAGUUAAUUGAUAUGUGAGUAUUUGAAUAAAAGAUUAAAUUUUGUUUUGGA